AUGCUUCUCAAGUUCUCGCUCCUCGGCCUCUUCGCCACCUCCGUCAUUGCCGAUGGCGCUGCCAUCGUGGCCGCCAUGGACGAGAUCGCCACGCAGAACACGGAGCUGGGCGAUACCGUUGCGUCUUGGGACGGCGGCCUGUUCGGCACCCUCCCCAUCAUCAUCGACUCCACCAAGCUGCUCAUCAAGAUUAACGAGGCCACCAAGGUCGCCGAGGACUCGGAGCCUCUGAACGCCAUUGAGGCCAUCACCGUCGCGCAGUCGACGCAGAAACUUGCGGGCGGUGUCGAGACCACUCUCGGAAACGUUGUCGACGCGAAGCCCAAGUUCGACAAGCUCCUCCUGAGCCCCAUCAUUCUCCUCAACCUCAAGCAGGAGAAGAGUGCGACCGACAAGUUUAGCGCUGCUGUCGUUGAGAAGGUGCCCGAGGCACUACAGGGUGCAGCGAAAACCUUGGUUGCGCAGAUCGAGACGGCAUUUAACAAUGCCAUUGACACGUACAGCUAA